AUGACUCCAGCGAUGAGGCAGAGAUUUGACAGGUUCCUGCACAAGAAGAACUGCAUAAUGAGUAUGCUGGAGAAAAUCGAGAGCAAGACUGGUGUGAACUGGGCCUACGUCGCCAUCACUAUCAUUGGGGCGUUGGGUGUAUAUCUGGUGAUCGGUUAUGGGGCAUCUUUGCUCUGCAACAUUGUUGGUUUUAGUUACCCUACAUACACCUUGUGA